GAUACUGCAAUUUAUCGUUAAACAUCAGUUCGGUAGCUACAGAGAGACCCAGCGCCUGUCCCUCGCCUUCACUAAGGAGCGGCCGCUUGUGGUGAAUCAAACUGAAUAGAUCUGUCCUUACUAAGAGGAACAUUUUCCUCAGCAUUCGGGACAUCGCGCACAGCGACACCGUCCGCCCGCCUGUGGGCGCGUUCGUGCGGCCUCGUCAGCCAGCGGGAAGGAGAGAGAGAGAGGGAGCGAAUGAGGGAGCGGCCGCCCGCACUAAAGAUGGCGGCCGAGGGCGGCCCGGCUGCAGCGUGGCGCUGAAGCCAUUUCCGCCCGCCCCUCCCGUCACAUGAUCGCCGGGGGCUGCGGCCGCCGCUGCCCGGCCCCGGCGGGGCAGAGCCGAGCUGGCGGGGAGCGGGGAGCGGCGGCGGGGGAGACUGAAGCCUAGCUGAGCCGGGCCGGGCAGAGCUGAGCUGAGCCGAGCCGGGCCGGGUCACCCUGCCGGCGCAGCAGUGGCGCCGGGCGGUCUGGCCCUGAGCGCGCUGCGCGGUCCGGGUGGCAGCAGCGAGAUGGAGCCCGAGGAGGGGGAGGAUCGCACCCCACUGCUGAAGGAGCCCCAGCCCGACACGGUCCCUGCAUGCUGCUCAGCUCGCUACAAUCUCGCACUCCUGGCCUGUUUUGGGUUCUUCCUCCUGUAUGCAUUGCGUGUGAACCUCAGUGUCGCUCUGGUGGAUAUGGUAGAACCUAACUCAAGCUUGGCAAAGAAUACCACUUCCAAUGUGUGUCCAGAGCAUUCUUCUGCCAUAAAUGCUCCUCGCAACACAACGGGACAAAAGUAUUCUUGGGAUGCUGAUACUCAGGGAUGGAUACUUGGUUCUUUUUUCUAUGGCUAUAUCAUUACUCAGAUUCCAGGAGGAUAUCUUGCAAGCAAAAUUGGAGGCAAACUGUUGCUGGGGUUUGGCAUCUUUGGUACCUCUGUAUUCACUUUGCUUACUCCCUUAGCUGCAAAUUUGGGAGUUGGCUACCUCAUAGCUGUCAGAGCCUUGGAAGGACUGGGAGAGGGUGUUACCUUCCCAGCUAUGCAUUCAAUGUGGUCUUCUUGGGCUCCUCCACUGGAACGCAGCAAGCUCCUUAGUAUUUCAUAUGCAGGUGCACAGCUGGGAACUGUUGUGUCUCUGCCACUGUCUGGUUUAAUUUGUUACUAUAUGAACUGGGUUUAUGUGUUCUACAUAUUUGGUGCACUUGGCGUAUUGUGGUGGUUCUUCUGGAUGUUUUUGGUUAGUGAUACACCAGAAACUCACAGGAGGAUUUCACAUGCUGAAAGAGAAUAUAUACUGUCUUCUCUAAAAGAUCAGCUUUCUACACAGAAAUCUGUUCCCUGGAGUCCUAUGCUGGAGUCCCUUCCGCUCUGGGCUAUUGUUGUGGCACACUUCUCUUACAAUUGGACUUUCUAUACACUUCUUACACUCUUGCCCACAUACAUGAAGGAAAUCCUACGAUUUGAUGCACAGGAGAAUGGAUUUUUGUCUGCCCUGCCUUAUUUUGGCUGCUGGUUAUGUAUAAUUCUGUCUGGCCAAAUUGCUGAUUAUUUACGGGAAAAACAGAACUUCUCCACUGUUUGUGUUCGCAAGUGUUUUACCCUAAUAGGGAUGAUUGGACCUGCCGUGUUCUUAGUGGCAGCCGGAUUCAUAGGCUGCAACUACGCUCUGGCUGUUGCAUUCGUGACCAUAUCAACGACACUAGGAGGAUUUUGUACAUCAGGCUACAGCAUCAACCAUCUGGACAUAGCACCUUCGUAUGCUGGAAUUCUCCUUGGGAUCACAAAUUCUUUUGCUACUAUUCCAGGAAUGGUGGGGCCAGUUAUUGCCAAAAAUCUCACUCAUAAUAAUACUGUGGGAGAAUGGCAGAUGGUUUUCUAUAUUGCUGCCUCUAUUAAUCUAUUUGGAGCAAUUUUCUUUGCAUUAUUUGCAAGUGGAGAAGUUCAGGACUGGGCAGUCAGUGGAUAUCACUUGCAUAGGAACUGAAGGAGAUGUUGAAAUACCAAAGCUGUGCUGGGUCCUGUUGUGCUUAGAGCUGUGUGACCGGAAAAGUGCCUUCCCUGCUGAUGCCUAGGAGUCUUCAGAGCUGUUCAGUUAAACUACAUUAUCUCUGUAUCUUUUGUACUGAAAAUAAUCUGACAGACUAUGUGUGCUAUUUCCUAAUAAGAAACUACUUGGAUUAACUACAGAAAUUUCAUGCUAGGACUUGAUAUCAAAUAUAUGAUCAGAGACAUUUUAAAUCAGUGUGCUAGGCUCUAAUACUUUCCAGUUUUUAAUUAAUAUUUUCUGGAUUAGUGUGUAGACAGAUGUUUGCUGAUAAGAGGAAAAAGUAAAAUGAUUAUUUAGCACUGUAAGGAGGAAUGACAUGCAAAGAACUGUACCCAAAAAUGUGUUUUGAAUUCCAUUAUGAAACUGAUAGUUUUUUGCUGUUUAAAAAUUUGUAGAAGAUCUCUUAAUUUCAUAUAAUCUUUUAUAGUACUUUUACUUUGUCAUUGUUUUAAUGAUGGCUAAAAAAUGCAUGUGAUUUACCUCUAUUUUAUGCACAAGUUUUGAAUAUAUAAACAUUCCCUGUUUCAUGAAUACAGCUUCACAACUAAUACACAACAACAAAAAAGUAAAUGUACCAUUGGAACUGAGAGAAUAAACCACAUAUCCUCUGUGGUGCAGGUUUUUCAAAUAGGCCUCUUUUUAUUUCUCUCUGCAAAGAGGAAGCAGUGCAGCUCAGUGGUUUAAAUCUAGGCAGUGUACAAGAGUGAACUAGAAAUAGAAUAUCUGCACGAUUACCUUAAAAUAACUUUCAGUUUGGCAAUUAAUUUUUUGUCCCUCUAAUCAAUGCAGUGGAAUUCUUUCCUCUUGCAUGUAGAUGUUUAUCAGCCUGUCAGUGUAAAUGAAAUAAAAUAAGGCCAGUGUAGCAAAUAAUGAGGAAAAUCGGUUCUCUAACAGCCUUGUUUGUUAGUCAGAUAAAACUAGAGUAUAAAAGAACUAGUGCAAUAACCUGAUGCUGUUACUCUCCUAUCAAGAUAGAAUUUGACACUCAAGAGCAUUCUUUGCACAACAUGCACUUAAAUGCCACAGAGUAGGAUUAACAGUUAUAAAAACAGUGGCCUUGUUAAGAACAAAUGGCUGAAUAAUGUUAGAGCCACAAAGCAAAGGAAAAUUCCUGUGCCAAAGGUUCCUGGAUUGGAGCAAUUCGGUAAAAAGGAAAAUUCACUGGGCUCUGGGUUUUUCAAUUACCACCAAUCCAAAAGAAAAGCCCAGUACUAAAGUGCUCCAGUGGAGCCUACCUUCCUUCAUUUCUAGGAAAUGGCAUCUGCCUCUCCUUUUUAGCUUUAAGAGCCAUUUUGUUUUGGCCUUCCUUGAAGUGUCAUGUUCUCUGAUAGUGGAUUUAAACUCUGUUUAAAUUUCUGUUUGUGUCUGCAGCAUUUCCACAAUAAACAAUGUGUUGUUCAGAUUAAAUUAGUACUUAUUCAGUGGGAGUAUGUUAAAACUAUGUUGUGUCUUCAGUGUUUCUACAAUAAAUAGAUUGAACAUUUA